GAAACCAUUUGAUGGAUAGCUAUGUUACUGAAUAAGUGGAAUUUUAGGGUUUGUCCUGCAGAGAAUUAUCUUUAAAGCACCAUAAAUGAAAUAAUUUGUUCUUUGUAACCUGUUGUAAAAUAGUUUCUAGUGAAACAGACACUUUAAGUUGUUUGAUGGGUUCCCUCAAAUGUCAGAAAGGAUACUAUGACUCCUCUAAACUUGUGUCCAUGUCUGAUGCUAAAGAUGAUAUGGCGUUCACUUCAUCACUUGUUCCUUUGCAUUCAUGUAAUACAUUUGCUGCUUGCUUUGUGGGUCGGUUCCAUGCCUCUGAGAUGGCUCAGAGAUUGGAUCCUACUUCAAGUGGACGUGGUGUUCGCCAGUUUAAAACUGCACUCCUCCAACGUCUUGAGAGGGAGAAUGAUCUAACAUUAAUGGGAAAGGUUAAAAAAAGUGAUGCUGGUGUAAUGCAGAGCUUUUAUCAAGACUAUUACAAAAAGAACAUCCAGACCUUGCAAAAUGCUGCUGACAAAGCCGAUCGGGCGCAGCUUACGAAAGCAUACCAAACUGCGACUGUUCUCUAUGAAGUUUUGAAGGCUGUUAAUUUGAGACAAUCAAUGGAAGUUGAUCAAGAGAUUUUAGAAGCUCAAGAUAAAGUUGCAGAGAAGACACAGAUCUAUGUUCCUUACAAUAUCCUUCCUCUUGAUCCAGAUAGUUCAAAUCAGGCAAUUAUGAGAUAUCCUGAGAUCCAAGCAGUUGUUUAUGCUCUUCGCAACACCGGGGGUCUUCCAUGGACCAAGGACCACGAGAAGAAGACAGAUGAGGAUAUUCUAGAUUGGCUUCAGGAAAUGUUUGGGUUUCAGGUGAAACAAACUAAACUCUUUCUUUCCUUAAAUGUUUGAAGCAUGGUGAUCAAUCGGCUUUAUCUUUUACUUACCACAAAGGAAUCUGCAAUGGACGUACCAUCCAACUUAGAAGCUAGGAGGCGGAUUUCUUUCUUUUCCAAUUCAUUGUUUAUGGAUAUGCCUGAUGCACCUAAAGUCCGCAACAUGCUUUCUUUCUCUGUUUUGACUCCUUACUACACAGAGGAGGUUCUCUUCUCCUUGAAAGAUUUGGAGGUGCCAAAUGAAGAUGGUGUUUCUAUCCUUUUUUACUUGCAAAAAAUUUUUCCAGAUGAAUGGAACAAUUUUCUUGAGCGAGUAAAUCGUACAACUGAAGAAGAACUUAAAGCACCAGAGUUAGAAGAACAACUACGUCUUUGGGCAUCAUAUAGGGGCCAAACUUUAACAAGAACUGUUAGGGGUAUGAUGUACUAUCGCGAAGCAUUGGAGCUGCAAGCUUUUCUUGAUAUGGC